AUGAAAAAGAUCAACACGCAAUGGCAGAAGGCGCAAGAGACAAUUUUUGUUGAUUGGAUCAACAACACGCUAUCACCGGACGUUAAUGUGACGUGUCUUGGAGAGGACUUGAAGGACGGAAUCAUUCUGAUGCAAUUAGUUGAAAAGUUGUCUGGAAAAAAAUCGCCACAGAAAUUGGUCCAACACCCCAGAUUUAAAAUACAGAAAAUUUCCAACUGUUCAAACGUGCUAAAAUUUGUAGAACAGGAGUUCAAGAUCAAACCUCUGUGCUCAGCAGAGAACAUUGUAAACGGAGGUGGAGAGAUCAAGUUUCUUCUUGGCCUUCUUUUCCAGGUGUUUAUGAUGUUCCAUAAGUCAGAUCUUCUCGCACCACAAAACACGGAGAAACAACAGAACGAAAUUAUCUUAAAAUGGCUCACGGAACUUUUGUAUCCCUACCAACUGGUGCUAAGUUCGAUCGACAAAAUGAUGGAAAAUUUCUACAACGGAAAAAUUCUUGUCGCUUUGCUCGACCUAUUCUUUGAACAGAAUACCGAAUUUUAUAAAUAUAUGAUGAGUAAAGGAGAUGGCGAAAGAAUUGGACUUUCAAUGAGAAUGGCACACGACUUGUUGGGGGUAUCAGAGGUGUUGACUACCGAGGAUGUCAUCGCGAAAAAUAUCGACUUCAGGGUGUUCUACUUUUAUUUUGAUUUCCUCAUGAACGCUUUUAAGAACAAGAGUACUAUUAUGGACAUUGACUUAAUCCAGUUAGUUGAACAAGCGCUCCAACAACUCAAUGGGACUCAACAAAAAGCGGUGGAUUCAAAACAGGCAGACGAGAAAGGAAAACAAGAGAGGUAUGAUGAACAACAAAGAGAAAUUGCAAGAAAAAGAGAAGCCGAAGAACUCAAACAAGCCGAAACGAGGAGACAAGAAGAAGACCACAAAAAAAGCUUCGAAGAAAAAGUAGAAAAGGAGGAAUACGUCAUGAUACCGAGAAAAGAAGACGAAGGCAAACAACUUUGCAAAUUCCAGUCAGACCAAAAUCUCAUGAAAAAGAAACUCCCACCAAUUCCAACGAGACGAAGUCAAACCUCCCUUGCACAGAGACACACUGCAACAAACACAUCGUCCGCGCAACAACAGAAGACUGAAAGGUUUAAACCAAUCGUCUUAAAAGAUGUCAUGUGCAGAGGAAGUGUUGGAGAAAGCGUUAAAGAGCCCUCUCGUGAAAUUUCUGACAAAAAGGGAGAUUUAGUUCCACUGAGGUUCACAAAUGGAUCGAACACAGAAAGGAGUUGCAAGUGUGAAUGUGUAAGAGAACAACAAUUACACCCAUCUUUGCCUUCAAGAGCAACAGAGACAAGAGAUGAACGCCUGAUCAAGGAAUUUAAUGGUUCUUCUGAAAUUUCUCUCCAACAUGAUGAUGGUUAUGCCGAACACAAAGGGCUUUUCCACAGGCAUAGGCGUUUGUAUGGUUCGGACAGAGAAAUAGCCAGAACAGAAGCUCCCACCCGAACGGUGAGAACAACAACUCACCAAGAACGAUACACAAGCAAUGGGAGAAAUUGCUACAAAGAGACUUACUUCGACAGCGGGCAAGAAACUGUUACAUACGAGACGCACGAGACGAUAGUCUUUGGUGGGUUUUGGCUGAUAUAA